ACUACAGUGUUUAUGUUAUUUUGUAAAUACUACAGUGUUUAUGUUAUUUUGUACCUCAGGUAUGUUGCAACCUCUUAACCAACCACAUCCGGGUCAUUACUGUGUGAUGACCUCAGCCCGUCGGCCCAGAUAAACAACCCUGUUCAGCCUGGUCCUACCGCGACGGCUAACGACCGUUACCGACGAGCCGAGACUCUAACGAUGGCAAAGAAACCGGAGGACACCGGAGAUUUAUGGCUUUGAUUACGUUAAACACAUCUAAUCCAACACUCCAUCCCUAGAUCUUGAUCGCUCUCUUCAGCCAUGUCGUCUCGUGUGUUGCUGCGGCAGCAGCUGAUGCGAGAACAAGCCCAGGAGCAGGAGAGACGCGAGGCCCAGCAGCAGGCCUCUGCCUCUCAGCUCCGGGCCUCUGACUCCACUCCUGCCAUCUCUGUCACACUGCCCCCAAAUGCUGCCCGGCCUCCUCCAGCACAGGUGCCUGUGGAGGUGCUGAAAGUACAGACCCACUUGGAGAACCCCACCAAGUACCACAUCCAGCAGGCCCAGAGGCAGCAGGUGAAGCAGUACCUCUCCACCACUCUGGGCAACAACGCGGUUACACAGACCAUGGGUCUGUCCCCUGUGCCACAGUCCAGUUCUGCCCCUGAAGCUGCUCAUACGGCCAGCAGUGCCCCCAACAGUCCUAUGGCUCUUCUCAACAUCGGCUCCAACAAGGAGGAAAUUGACGACGUGAUCGACGACAUCAUUAGUCUUGAAUCCAGUUUUAAUGACGACAUCAUUUCGUUGAUUGACUCAGGUCUUCAGUUGCCCAGCACGCUCCCAGGGAAUCUGUUGGAUAUUUACAAUAGCCCUGGAAUGGCAGCAACUACUCUCACUGUCAGCAACUCCUGUCCUGCUGACCUUCCAAAAGUUAAAAGGGAAAUUACUGAUGCAGAUGUCAAAGCAAUAAUGAAAGAAAGGCAGAAGAAAGACAACCAUAACCUCAUUGAGAGGAGGCGGAGAUUCAACAUCAAUGACCGUAUAAAGGAGCUGGGUACUCUAAUCCCCAAGUCAAAUGAACAACCACAUCACAAUGAUAUCAGCGAAAUGCGCUGGAACAAAGGCACCAUACUGAAAGCCUCAGUAGACUACAUCAGGAAGUUGCAGAAGGAGCAACAGAGAGCCAAGGAUAUCGAUAUGCGUCAGAAAAAGCUGGAGCAUGCAAACCACAGUCUAAUGAUACGCAUCCAGGAACUGGAAAUGCAGGCGCGGCUCCACGGCUUGAGCCCUGAUCCCUCUCUGCUCCAUCAGCAGCAGGUCCCACAGAGCAUCCCCUCUCUGCCUCCCGGUGCAGAAGGAGUCUCCUCCCAAAACCUCCUCAGUCUGGGCGUCGGGCAGCCUCUGCCAGCCUCCUUCCUGUCCCCGCCCUCCUCGGACUCUCCUGCUGGAGUCACUAUCAGCAGCCCUCUGGACCUGGGCAGCCUGAGCUUCGCCGAGCUAGACGACGUCUCCGCCUCAGCACUCUACACUGACGUGGGCUUGGGAGACAUUCUUAUGGACGACGGGUGCACACUUUCUCCAGAUAGGAUGCCGCUCUUUUCUCCUUUGUCACCAGGUGCCUCUAAAACCAGCAGUCGCAGGAGCAGCCUUGAAAUGGACGAGGACUUGUGAUGACCUCAGAGACUGUCUGUAGGGACAAGAAUGUCAGGAAGUGCAGUCUAUCCUUAAAUAAGUCUAUUUAUAGGACUGUAGAAUCGAACUUAGAAGAGCAACAAUAGCUAACGUUAAGAUCAAAACUAACAGGAGAAAGUACGUUCUUCUUUAUUUUAUUCUUGCCAUACAGACCGAAUUAUUAUUGUUCCAGUUUGGAGCUGGUCAGAUGAUCAUGUCUGGGUUUAUAAAUGCAAUCUUAUUACAAAUAAAAUAUUGUAUAAUAGGGGCAUGGACUUAGCAUUAAGAGAGAAUACAUUCUUAAAUAGUUUUUAAGAUUUUCUUCAGAGAUUUAAGAGGGAUAUAAAGUUUGCUUGAAUUUAUUAUGUGCUCAUUUUUAGGGAAGAAAGCUGUGAGGUUUCUUUUUCACAACGACACUGGCAUAACAAACUGAUUAAGAGAUGCCAACAUACAGUAUAUUUUGUUUUUUUUCAACUGACUGGAAUCAGGGUUUGUUAAUAGCAGUCGCAUGCUCAUCCAUGUUGGGUUGUUUCACCAGCAGCAGCAGAAGGGAUCUUUGUAAGGUGAAUUGGCACAUUGUGAAAUAUUUACUGCAUAUUGUAUAUAAGAAUAUUUUAUUUUGAGCAAUUUUAUUGCACCUUAUUUUAUGGCAGUCUAUGCAUUUUAUGAGAGCUUUUUGUCUGUUUUUAUUACUAUCACACACAGUGGACAGCUAAUGCCCAGUUUGCAUGUAUUUGUAAUAAAAAAAGCAAUGGAAAAUCACUUGCUGCUGCAGCUAGUUAGCCAAAGCAGGACUUCUUCCAGAGUAGCUACAAAUUACAAAUCAGCAUUUUAUUUUUUGAAUAUAUUCACUCAGUCAGAAAUGCAAGACAGUAUGAGAACAAUUUUAUCUUUUUACAAUAGUACUGUAGCUCAUUACAUUAGUUCUUUUGAUACCUGAAUAAUAGUUUGAUAAGUAGUUUCUCCUGACUAAUAUCUGUGUUGUCAGUGAUUGUUUGUCUCUGUUAACCUCGGCGGUCACUGAGUGAUUUUACUGGUUAGCAUGUUCUACCAAGAUUGUGGCUUUUUUUUUUUUUUGACGAUCAAAAGUGAUGUAUCCAGUAAUGCAUUAUUGCUCAUUGUAGUAUGAAUUCAGAGGGCGUUGACCUUCUUUUAAACCAACCACUAGCCUCACGUCUGUAAUGAUAAGGUAUAACUGUUUGUUGUGUGAAAACCUGCAAUGCAAAUUAUUAUUCAAUAAAAUAGCCACAAAGUUUAGAAAGGCAUUUAAUUUGUCA